CCUCUGGCUACAAAGCAUAUGCGCUGAUAUUCAAUUUUACAAUGCCACAAUCAUUGUUAAGUAGGAGCGGCGGCGUGGGCUUCGCGAACGCUGCUCGGAGUGCCGUGGUGAAUGGUCCUGUGUGCGUGAGCUGCAAUGUGGGUCGAGGCGGGCCUGCGUCGACGGCACCGCCCACCGCGACGGUUCGGGUUGGCACGCAGCAGCGCCACGCCUGCCGGGGCGUUGCCGCAGCAACCAACAACGAGAUGAGCACCGCCGGUACCAACAAAGGGUCCUUCGCUGCCAGCAUCUCCUCGGCUGUGGAUGCGGCGGCACCGGCGCCCUACAAAUGGUCGUGGACUGAGGAUACAGAGCCCGCACCGCCGCUGGACCUUGAUGCAGCUGCGGUGGCGGCUGCAGCCUCACUGCAAGACCUGACCAAGGUGCUUGAGGACGCGGCGGCCGCAGCGCCGCCCCGGGCUGCGCUCACGCCCGCUGCGCGGCAGCAGCUGGGCGCCGCGGUGCAGCGGCUGCUGCCUGCGCCCUCGGCCAGCUGCCCCCUGGACGUGGCGGCCGGGCUCCUGGAGGCGUACGGCCGCGUAGCGGCUCUGCCGCGGGCCAUGACCGGCCUCGCAAAUUCCCUCAGUGGCCCCGAGGCCGGCAGCACUACCAGCAGUAGCACUAGCAGCAGCAAUAGCAACAGCUCGGGGCUGGUGACGGCGGUGCUGGCGGCGGCUGCGCCGUCGCUGGCGGGCGCGUCUGCCCGCGGCGUGGCAGACCUGCUGUGGGCGGUGUCGGAGCUGGAGGAGGACCUGCCCUGGGACCACGGGGCGGCGGCGGCGGCGGCGGCGGUGCCGGAGGCUCUACAGCGGGCGGUGUCGGCUCGACUGGCUGACCAGGACUUCCUGGCGCCCGACCUGUGCCGCGUGGUGUGCGCCCUGGGCAGCCUGGCGUCCAGCAGUAGCAGCAGCAACGCGCCCAGCACCAGUGGUACUGGCAGCGGUGGCGCCGCUGCCGCGGCAGCCGCCGUGGCCGGGCAGCGUGGCUUUGUGGUGUCGCGGGAGCUGGUCACGGCGCUGAAUGAGGAGGUGCGCUACCAGCUGACGGAGUUCGCGCCGGACUUCAGCGCCGGCGACCUGGGGCGCCUCAUAGCCGGCAUGGCGGGCCUGAGGCUAGGCGCCGCGGUGGCGGGAGACGAGGAGUACAGGCGCAUUCUGAUGAAGGCUGUGUACGGCAAGACGCGCUCCAUCGCGGACAAGUCGGCCGUGGACUUUGCGCUGUCGCGUCUCAUGUCGGACGACCCGGAGGCUCGCUCCAUGCACUACGACUCGCGCUGGACGCACGAGGAGCUGCACUGGCUGCCCCGCCGCGAGCGCGACAAGCGCCGCAUCCUGAGUGAGGGCUGGUACCGCACGCAGUGGGGCGGCUGGGCGCCCGGAGGCAACAGAUGAGGGGCGGGAGGAGAAGGGGCUAGUUGGGGGGGGCGGAGGCUGGGGACAUUUUGCUGCCGUACUUGAUGAGGGGAAGUUGCAGGUACGGCAGGUGUGGGCGGAGUUGAUGGCCGUGUGGGAGAGCUUGAUGAUAUGCCUGUGCACGUAGCUGAGCGGUGGUGGUGUUCGAUGCGAGUGAGCGUUUGGCGAUGCAACCGUUUGGCCAUGGAAGCGUCUGCGGUCGCGGCGCUUGGGCGUGUUGGCGAGGGGCGAAGCGACGGCGAAGCGACGAAGCCGCAUCGCAUGCGGUGUACCGUACCACACUGCUUGAAACUGUAAGGUAUGAAAUGCUAUACACUUCUUAUGUAAGCGAUUGCCCGA